AUGAAGAGCACUCCCCUGAUCAUCAAUUGGCACGACUCCACGAGUCCUGUCUACUCGGCCCAUUUCGAACCUAAUGGCAAGGGACGAUUGGCAACCGGAGGCGGUGACAACAACGUUCGGUUGUGGAGGAUAGAUAGUGAUGGCGAGGAACGCAAGGUCGAGUAUCUCUCCACGCUCAGUAAACACUCUCAAGCUGUCAACGUGGUGCGGUGGGCUCCUAAGGGUGAGAUUCUCGCAUCUGCCGGCGACGAUGGCAAUGUAAUCUUAUGGGUCCCGGCCGAAGGCAGCCAUACCAUCCUCGGAAACGAAGACCUCGAUGACAAGGAGACGUGGCGAACGAAGCACAUGUGCCGCUCGACCGGCGCCGAAAUUUAUGACUUGGCCUGGUCCCCGGAUGCUCAACACUUCAUCAUUGGCAGCAUGGACAACGUGGCCCGCAUCUACAGCGCAGCUACCGGAUCUCUAGUACGCCAAAUCGCAGAGCAUAGCCAUUACGUCCAAGGCGUUGCAUGGGAUCCUCUAAACGAAUACAUUGCGACACAGUCUUCCGAUCGCUCCGUUCACAUCUACUCGCUGAAGAACAAAGAUGGCCAGUACACGCUCCUAGCCAGUCACGCCAAGAUGGAUCUACCCGCCAGGCGCAUCUCAUCCAGCAGUCCCGCUCCUCCUGAUUUCGGCCACCGGUCUCUGCUUGCAUCCGCUGAGACGUCAGGCGCUGCAGUCGGUUCACCAGUGCCAUCAGCUCCAGGCACGCCGACCUCGAUGCCCUUGCCAAUGAACCCUCCGAGCGUUGUUAGCCACAGCAGACGCUCGUCGUUUUCUUCACGAAGAUCCGUCUCACCUGCCCCUUCUUUGCCACUUCCGGCCGUCAUGCCUAUGGAGCCGUCGCCGAAGCCUAACAUGGGCGUUAGGAAUGCGAAUCUUUAUGCCAACGAGACGUUGACCUCCUUUUUUCGGCGCCUCACUUUCACCCCAGAUGGUAGUCUCCUUAUGACGCCAGCAGGGCAAUAUCAAGUCCAGCACCCUGGCGAAGGCACAAGGAAUACGUACGAGGUGAUUAAUACUGUCUACAUUUAUACCAGGGGCGGCAUCAACAAGCCUCCUAUGGCACAUUUACCGGGACACAAGAAGCCAUCCAUUGCUAUUAAGUGUUCCCCCAUCAUCUACACCUUACGGCAGUCGCCACCUGUUACAAAACAUAUUACGAUUGACACAUCUUCGGCCGAAGAACCAAUUCCAGCGCUUCCAGAGCCGAUUUCUAAACCAUCGCCUGCACCAUCAGUUAUGGACCCUCCUCCCCCACCAUGUUCAGCUGGUCCAGCGGAGAACGACAAAUCCGAUGGAACACCGAAGCCUUCGAAUCCGGACACGGGCGCCUCAACACCUGGCCCAAAGCCGACUUUCGCGUUGCCAUAUCGCAUGAUCUACGCCGUGGCGACACAGGACACAGUGCUGUUGUACGACACUCAGCAGAUGACCCCCAUCUGUGUGGUCAGCAACCUUCAUCUGACAACUUUCACUGACUUGGCAUGGUCGAACGACGGUCUUACCCUGCUUAUCUCGUCAUUUGAUGGAUUUUGUUCGACUAUAUCCUUCAGUCCGGGCGAGUUGGGCACGACAUACACAGGCGAACUAGCAUCUGUAAAGGCACCACCUUCCGCUGCAACUGGGACUUCUUCCAAUCAAGCCACGCCUACACCGAUGCCGACUUCCUUCGCCCCUACUUCACCUUUUCAUGGUGCUCACCAACAUCGUAACUCAGCCAGCUCAUUCACUGCGCCCUCGCCUCCAGCCUUGACUGCGGCCUCGUUUGUCAGCAUGAGGCCAUCUUCUCCAGCCCGCUCAAACAGCACUUCAUCAGUCGCCACGCAGGCUUCAGCUGCAGUCAUGUCCAACCCAACGUUGAUUGGAGGUAGCGUGCCCAGCAUCGCCGCAACCAACUCUGGCAAGGUGACAGGAGUGCCCAUGACCACGCCACCCGAGACACCCAGAAGUGGCAAUGUUGUCACUGCCGGCGUCAAACGGGAUGCUAGCGAGAGCGAGAAGGAUGAGAGUUCAGCGACCGCCAACCAGCCCAAGAAGCGACGUAUAGCACCCACUUUGGUCAGCGAACCAAAGCCUUGA